AUGGGGUUAUCGUUUUCAAAGCUAUUUGCGGGAUUGUUUGGCCGCAAGGAUAUGAGAAUAUUGAUGGUGGGACUUGAUGCUGCCGGUAAAACUACUAUCUUGUACAAGUUAAAGCUUGGUGAAAUAGUCACUACCAUUCCAACAAUUGGUUUCAAUGUUGAGACGGUAGAGUACAAGAACAUUUCGUUUACAGUAUGGGAUGUCGGCGGUCAAGACAAGAUCAGGCCAUUGUGGAGAUACUACUUUCAGAACACACAAGGAAUUAUCUUUGUUGUAGACUCAAAUGAUAGAGAUCGUAUUCUGGAAGCUCGUGAAGAAUUACAGCAAAUGUUGAACGAAGAUGAAUUAAGAGAUGCCUUGUUAUUGGUGUUCGCUAAUAAGCAAGACUUACCAAAUGCCAUGAACGCAGCUGAGAUCACUGAAAAACUUGGGCUUCAUUCUAUUCGCCAGCGGCCGUGGUACAUCCAGGCCACAUGUGCAACCUCUGGUGAUGGACUCUACGAAGGUUUGGAGUGGUUAGCCACAAACUUGAAGAACGCAUAA